AUGGUGAAUCUGGGAUUGAUUCGUGGGAGCAAGACUUCAAAUUCAGUUAUUGUGAGCUUUAAGUUACCUUAUUAUACCCACUGGGGGCAACACCUUCUGGUCUGUGGUUCAGAACCAGUGCUUGGGUCAUGGAAUGUGAAGAAAGGCCUUCUUUUGAAGCCUUUUCAUCGAGGGGAUGAACUCAUAUGGUCUGGAAGUCUGCCUGUUCCAAAUGGAUUUGGAUGUGAGUACAGCUAUUAUGUUGUGGAUGAUCACAGGAAUAUUCUAAGAUGGGAGGCUGGAAAGAAGAGAAAACUGAUAUUACCUAUUGGUGUUCAGGAUGGGGUUUCUGUGGAAAUUCAUGACCUUUGGCAGACUGGUUCUGAUGAUCUCCCUUUUAGAAGUGCAUUUAAAAAUGCAAUCUUCCGCAGGAGUUGGAAUUUAGGAGUGGAGAAACCCCUGGCUGAACUUCAGAAUGAAUUGAAUACGGAAGAUUCAGUCAUUGUACAGUUCAGAAUUUGCUGCCCAAAUAUUGAAGAAAAAACAUCAAUUUGUGUGAUUGGUAGUCCUUUGAAGUUGGGCCAGUGGAAGGUUCAGGGUCGACUUAAACUCAAUUAUAUUGGUGAAUCUAUUUGGCAAGCAGAAUGUGUGAUGCGGAAGGAAGACUUCCCUAUAAAAUACAGGUACGGUAAAUAUGGAAACGCCGAAAACUUUUCUAUGGAAAUGGGUCCAAACCGGGAGCUUUUUGUUGACUUCACAACUACUCAACCAAAGUAUAUAAUCCUUUCAGACGGCUUGAUGCGAGAAAUGCCAUGGAGGGGUGCUGGUGUAGCCAUCCCUAUGUUCUCUAUCAGAUCAGAUGCUGAUCUAGGAGUUGGGGAGUUUCUUGAUUUGAAGUUACUAGUGGACUGGUCAGUGCAGUCCGGCUUCCAUUUGGUUCAGCUCUUGCCAAUAAAUGAUACAUCAGUCCACGGAAUGUGGUGGGAUUCAUAUCCGUACAGCUCGCUUUCAGUAUUUGCAUUGCAUCCAUUAUACCUAAGGGUCCAGGCACUCUCUGAAAGUAUCACUGAGGAUAUCAAGCAAGAGAUACAGCGCGCCAGAGUACAGCUGGAUGGGAAGGAUGUAGAUUAUGAGGCCACCAUGGCUGCAAAACUUACAAUCGCCAAGAAAAUAUAUUCUCAGGAGAAGGAAGCAAUACUAAGUUCAACAUCCUUUCAGAACUUUUUUUCAGAGAAUCAGGAUUGGUUGAGGCCCUAUGCAGCCUUCUGUUUUUUGCGUGACUUCUUUGAAACAUCAGAUCACAGCCAGUGGGGUCGAUUUUCUCUUUUCUCACAAGAUAGGCUUGAGAAGCUUGUCUCGAAAGAUAGCUUGCACUAUGAUAUAGUUUGCUUUCAUUACUAUAUCCAGUACCAUUUACAUAUGCAAUUAUCAGAAGCUUCUGAAUAUGCUAGAAAGAAAGGAGUAGUUCUGAAGGGGGAUUUGCCUAUUGGUGUUGACCGAAAUAGUGUGGAUACUUGGGUCUAUCCAAAUCUGUUUCGCAUGAACACCUCUACUGGGGCACCUCCUGACUAUUUUGAUAAAAAUGGACAAAAUUGGGGAUUCCCAACUUAUAAUUGGGAAGAAAUGUCCAAAGACAAUUAUGCUUGGUGGCGUGCUCGUUUAACGCAGAUGGCCAAGUACUUCACGGCUUACAGAAUUGAUCAUAUAUUGGGCUUCUUCAGAAUCUGGGAGCUCCCAGAUCAUGCAGUGACUGGUCUAUGUGGAAAAUUUCGACCAUCUAUUCCUCUAAGCCAGGAAGAACUUGAAAGAGAAGGAAUAUGGGACUUUGAUCGCUUGAGUCGACCAUAUGUUAGGCAGAAGUCUUUAGUUGAGAAGUUUGGAGCUUCCUGGCCUAUAAUAGCUUCUAACUUUCUGAAUGAAUAUCAGAAAGAUCAUUACGAGUUUAAGGAGGACUGCAAUACUGAAAAGAAAAUAGUGUCCAAGCUGAAGUCAUGCAUAGAAAGAUCCAUUUUGUUAGAGAGCGAAGCACUUCUUCGGAGCAACCUCUUUGAUCUUGUGAAGAAUAUAGUCCUCAUCAGAGAUCCAGAAGAUUCAAAAAGUUUUUACCCCCGUUUCAAUCUUGAGGAUACGUCAAGCUUCAGUGAUUUAGAUGAGCACAGCAAAAAUGUUCUGAAGAGACUGUAUUAUGAUUACUACUUCCAUCGGCAAGAGACUCUGUGGCGUCAAAAUGCUUUAAAGACAUUGCCUGUUCUCUUGAACUCUUCAGAUAUGCUGGCUUGUGGAGAAGAUCUCGGGAUGAUUCCUUCCUGUGUUCAUCCUGUCAUGCAAGAGCUUGGUUUAAUAGGAUUACGCAUUCAACGUAUGCCAAAUGAACCUGAUCUGGAAUUUGGUAUUCCUUCUCAGUAUAGUUAUAUGACGGUAUGUGCUCCAUCGUGUCACGACUGUUCCACCCUGCGUGCUUGGUGGGAAGAAGAUGAAGAGAGAAGACAGAGAUAUUUCAAGAAUGUGGUGGGAUCUGAUUUGUUGCCACCUGAUCAAUGCACUCCUGAAAUUGUGCACUUCAUUUUAAGGCAUCACUUUGAAGCUCCAUCAAUGUGGGCAAUUAUUCCACUUCAGGAUCUGUUAGCGCUGAAAGAGGAAUACACAACACGCCCUGCAGCAGAGGAGACGAUUAAUGACCCAACAAAUCCAAAACACUAUUGGCGAUAUCGGGUACACGUUACUGUGGAGUCCUUGCUCAAAGAUAAAGAUCUUAUCACCGAAAUCAAAGGUUUAGUUCGUGGAAGUGGAAGAUCGUACCCUCCUCUAGACAAAGUUGAAGCAAGAACUGAUAUGGAGAAGCAGCCCAUUGCCAAUGGGAAACAGAAAGUUCCCUUGGAGUACGCCAUGGAACAUUUCACCGGUCAAAUUUCCUCAGAAGUUGGAGUCAUUUUAUUUCCCACAGCCCAAAAACAUGCAUAUCAAUAA